CUCUCAGGACUCUUGUUACUACUACUAUCCUCACGUGUGAAAACAGAACGAUACUUUGUGAUUUUUUUUGUUUUAUAGUAUUAUUAUUUAACAAUGACCAAGAAGAAAUCUCGUAAACAGAAUAAUCGUCUUCUUCAGCGUAGGAAGGACAAAGCAAAAGUUGUAAAUGAAAAUAAUAAAGAGCCACAUUGCCUGGUUUUAACCCGUGGCAGUGUGUCAACUGACUUACAGAGACUGUCUCAUGAUUUUCAGUGGAUGAUGGAGCCAAAUGUCCCUGCCAAAUUGAAGGGUACUAGGAAAAAUGUCAUAAAAGACUUUGUUGCAGUGUCUGCGCAGCUGAAUUUAACUCACUUAGUUGCUUUCACACAGACAUCCCUUGGAAUGUAUUUAAAAUUAUGUAGAAUACCUCGAGGGCCUACAGUAACGUUCAAAAUAAUGAAUUAUGUUAGGGCAAAAGAUGUCCUAUCUUCAUUAAAGAAGCAGUUUACUCAUGGAGAUCGGUUUUUAUUUUCUCCAUGUAUUAUGACAAAUAUUCAACCCAAUGAAGGAGAGCUUCAUCUUCAAGUGACCGGACGAAUGUUUCUUGAUAUGUUCCCAAAUAUUGCACCUGAUACGGCUUCUCCAGAUAAAAUUAGACGAUGCUGCUUGUUUCAUUAUGAUGAAGAAAAAGAUCAGUUUGAUCUCCGACAUUAUGCUAUACGCACAGUUCCAGUAGAAGUGUCUAAAAGCGUUAAGAAGUUGAUGGGUCGUAAAGUACCAAACUUGAGUAAAUUCAAAGAUGUCUCAGAGUUUAUGACAAAGGCUGGAAUGCUGUCUGACAGUGAAGUAGAAGAUGACCCGAACGCCCGUGUUACAGUUCCUGAUAAAAAGUCUAAAGUGUCUUUGAAGUCAUCUGUACGCUUGAGUGAACUUGGUCCUCGAAUGACCUUGCAGAUAUAUAAAGUUGAAAGUGGCCUUCUGGAAGGACAAGUUUUAUAUCAUAGUCAUGUGAUUAAAACUGCAGAGGAGAAGUUGGAACUAGAAGAAAAUUUAAGGAGAAAGAAAAAACUGAAAGAGAAGAGGAAAAAACAGCAAGAACAAAAUGUUGAGGAAAAGAAGAAAAAGAAGGAAGAUCACAAAAAGAAGUGCUUAGCUGGAAUGGGUAUCACCAAAAAUGAAGUUGAUGAGGAAAAUGGUCAUAGUAAGGCAGAUGAUGCAGAUGCUGAUGACGAAGAUGAAGACGAUGAUGCUGAUUACUUCAGGAAAGAAGUUGGCGAGGAACCCGACCCAGAUUACUUCACUAAGAAACGUAAGCAUUCUGGGAAAUCUGAUGUUCCAAGGAAGAAAAUAAAGAACUUCAAGGAAAUUAAGAAGUCACAGAAGGAGAGAAAGAGGAAACAAAACUCAGAAUAAGAAACGCUUUAGACGGAAUUCACUUCAGCAGAACUAUGGUGAAAGGAAGCAACAUAAAUAAAGACUAUAGUGAAAUGUUUUUUGGAGUUAUAAAUGCCAAGACUGGUAGAGUUGUGGAUUAAAACAGUGCUGGCUAGUUUAUUGGAGUGGAGUGAAAGUAUGAAUGUUUUUUUUUAUGAUAGAAUAUACAACAGAUACAACAGUGAA